ACUAAGAAGUAAAAAAUAAAAAAUAAAAACACCCGUCAAUCAAGCACCCAACAAAUUGAGAGAUCGAAAGAAUAUCGCAAGGAGGGUGGGAGGAGAGAGAGAGAGAGAGAGAGAGAGGGGCAAAGUGAAGGAGAUAUGGGGGUGGUGAUUUUGGACGGGUCGACGGUGCGGGCGUUCGUGGGGGACGAGGCGGCGUUCCGGCGGGGGGUGGACGCGCGGUUCGCGGCGCUGGACCUGAACGGCGACGGCGUGCUCUCGCGGUGCGAGCUCCGGCGCGCGCUCGAGACCUUCCGCCUCCUGGAGGCCGACUUCGGCGACGACGCCGCCCCGCCCCCCCAGCCGGAGGAGGUCGCCGCGCUCUACGACGCCGUCUUCGAGCAGUUCGACGUCGACCGCAGCGGCGCCGUCGACCGCGACGAGUUCUGCGCCGAGAUGCGCCGCAUCAUGCUCGCCGUCGCCGACGGCCUCGGCUCCUCCCCCGUCCAGCUCGCCCUCGAGGACGACCCCGCCGGCCUCCUCCAGCAGGCCGCCGACCUCGAGGCCUCCAAGCUCGCCGCCGCCGCCGAUCAGGACAAGCGUAAGUGAGGCUGGGUGAGGCUAAUUUGGGGGGUGGUGGUCCCGUGGGUGCGUGUUGUGUGAGUCUGUGCGUACACGUGUGUGCGCUCGUGCGCGCGCGCGCGCGCGUGUGAGCUGAGGAAUAAAAGUGGAGUUUGUGUAUGUAUACGCUUGUGUGGGUGUGAGAGAGCUAAGGAAUAAAAUAAAAAUAAAAAUAAAAAAGUGUAUGGUGUAGUGGUGUACCCAAUUGUGUGACUACCAGUUACUUUAAAUAUAGGGAUAAUUGCCUA